GAACAACUUUAUCUCAAAUAUGCUCAUGACAUACUUGGCGUGGUUGCACUUCUUGGAGAGGUUCAGACCCACAAGCUUAGCAGCAUGCUUUCGACAUAUCUUGGAGAAGAUCAGAUGCUUGCUGUAGUAUGCAAAUCCCGUGCAGCUACCAGAGCUCUUGAAAUUAAUCAAAUGGAUGGAAAUGUGAAUUGCGCCAGUGUUCUUGACAUAUUAGCAGCUAAGCUUGGAAUUUCCAUCAAGGGUCAAUAUAUGGUUAUAUGCCUCGAGGAUAUAAGGCCAUAUAAGCAAGGAGUCAGCAGUGAUCCCCAAAGAGAACUUGCUAUUCCACAGCCUACUUUAUCAAACAGAGAAACUCCCCCAGGCUUUUUGGGCUACGCAGUUAACAUGAUAUUCCUUCCUGAAGAAUAUAUGCAGUUUAGAACUGCUUCAGGUCAUGGUCUCCGAGAGACAUUAUUUUAUCAUCUGCUUGGUAAGCUUCAAGUCUACAAGUCUAAUGAGCACCUUUACAUGGCAAGUUCCUGCAUAGAAGAUGGUGCGGUUUCCCUGGAUGGUGGAAUGAUGAGAGGAAAUGGAGUUGUAUCUGCAUCUGUUGGAUCUGAGGAUCCAUAUAUUCUAUUUCCAGUCAUCUGUCUGGAAAGACAGUUACUCCUCUCACCUGAGAAAGUAGAAAGAUUGAAGAGAAUCGAAGAGUUGAAGCUGGAACAAAAUCAACUUCAAGAUCGAAUACAGGAAGAGCUUAGGAAUGAAGCCAAGUACAAGAAGAAGUUGGCCAAAAAGCUCAUGGACAAAAAGCAGAUUGAUGAUCAGUUUGAGAAUGCACUUCUACGAAACGUUCCUGAGGCACCGCUUAUGCUUGAUCCAUCGCUCAAUCAAGGAGGUCAGAUUAGUUCCAUUACUUUUGCUGGCAAUCGGGACAUAAUGCAAAAUAGAACUGCUGAGGCUGUUAGCUGCCAUUCCAAGAAACUUGAGGAUGCAAUUAAGGAGACUGGUCUUCAAAUUAAACACCAUGAUGAUAACAUAAAAUUCUUAGAGGGUCAGAAGAACAGGUUGGAUGAUUCAAUUUUGGAUUUAGAAGCUGCUCUCGCCAAGACUUAUUCAGCAAGUGGAACUGGUUCUGAAAAUAAGGAAUCUUCCAAUGGGCAGAAUGAGGAGGAAACAAUCGAACAAAUCUUAAGUUUUGAUAAAUCUGCAGCUGCCAUCUGUGUCCAGCUGCAAAAGCGUACUGGAGCUCAGAUUACUAAUAUUCCAUUUAUGAAGGACAUAAUAGGAAUUGUUGCUUUGCUUGGGAAGGUUGACGACGACAAUCUCAGCAGGACUCUCUCAGAUUAUCUUGGGCAAGGAACCAUGUUAGCAGUUGUUUGCAAGACGCGUGAUGGACUUAAAGCACUGGAAACAUAUGAUAAGGAAGGUCUUAUAAUUAAAAGUUCUGGUCUUCAUGGAGUUGGAGCUUCAUUUGGGAGACCUUUGGAUGACCGAUAUCUUGUAAUUUGUCUUGAGAACUUAAGACCAUACACCGGUGAAUUUAUUGCUGAUGACCCUCAGAGAAGGCUGUCCAUAAAGAAGCCAAGAUACGUCAACGGGAAAACUCUUCCUGGUUUUCUUGGUUUUGCUGUCAAUAUGAUCAAUAUUGACGCUGAUAACUUAUAUUGUGUUACAAGCAAUGGUCAUGGCCUGAGAGAGACCCUCUUCUAUGGACUCUUCUCACAGUUGCAAGUAUACAAAACAAGGGCAGACAUGAUGCAGGCACUACCCUUUAUAGCUGGUGGAGCCAUAUCAUUGGAUGGUGGGAUCAUAAAGAGUCGUGGUAUAUUUUCCCUAGGCAAAAGGGAAGUACAGAUCAAAUUUCCAAAGAGUUGUGGAAGGUCAUAUAUACCUGAAAACUAUUUUGAAACUGAGAUCCGGAUGAAGGAGCUGAAGUGGGAAAGGGUAAGAUGUGUGGAAGAUUUAGAGAGAGAGCAAACAUUGCUGACCAAUGCUACGAACAACUUUGAAAUAAGGAAAGAAGAGUUUGUCAAGUUUCUUUCACAAAGCUCAUCCCAUCUUUGAGGGUGUUUAGUUAGACUAUGAAUGCUUGAGCUUUCUUUACUUGAUACUCUUUGUCCGUACAUCUUGCUUUAAUUGAUUGAUGAUGUCAUUUGAUAGUUGCAGACUGUACUUGCAUUUUAUCUUGUUAGGUGAGAACUCUGCAUGGAUAAGAGAUCCUAUUUUUUGCCCUGGGAACUGUUUAAGCUUGUGCUUGCCUUAGAAUGCCAGUUAUCAAUGCUUUCUUGA